UAUCCUAAACUCGGGCUUUGCUUUCGAGGUCUGCGUUGCAGGUUUGGGAUGUGCAAAUCUGAAGCAGAGCUACGCAAGUCGGAAUUACAUGGUACAGCUCUCCCUGGAGUGCAUCCACAUUAGAAAGUUACAGCAGUUUGAUGGUUGCAUCUUACAGAAACCUGGGAUUUGAGGAUUGGUGAGAUAAAGUACUUGACAUUCUUUACCAAAGAGCUCUAGUUCUGGAGGACGGACUAGUAGAGACUCCUAAAUUCCUCACCAAACUAUAAAUCCCCGCAUCCCAUCUGCUAAUUAAACUGUGAUAGUUGUCCAUGUAAUGUAUCACUGCGUUGCAAAUAGGACUCCACAUUUUGAGUGUUGCCGCAUUGUUACUCAACUAAGCACACAAAAUACGUACACAGAAGGGAAACAAAGCUGGACAGAAGGCAUGCUUGCAAACUCAAACCAGUUUCCUUCCCAUUUGUCUAUACUGCAAAUUCAUAGCUAUGGCACAGAGUCCUCUUGCCUGGGUCUAACGUGGAUUAAAAUCACCGUUUUGUCUCCCCACAUUGAAGAGGUUACUAAGCAAAGUCUACAACAAUGAGGAGUCAAGUAGCUUUCAAAAUGACCAAGUAGAUCACUUCUCCCGUGUGUUUCUCCAAUGUAUAAAUGCAACAGAGAGACCUUGUGAUAAUGUGUUGGUCUAUCUGGCCUCCCUACUCUACACAAGUUUCCGUUUCUGUUUUGCAUUUAAUGUGAUAAAAAGAAAAUAACCCCCGAUCAGAAAACCACUUUUCCUCUCCUUGGAAAAUCCCGUCCCCCUUCUUUGCUGCUUUUAAUAACCCACAGCCGUUGCACUAAAAGCACGGGGCUUUUCCAUUCAUUGACAGGUACUGGAUGUUGUUGUUUUGCGCCUUCAAGUCGCUGUUAUUUUGUGGUGACCCUAAAGCAAAGCUGUCACACAUUUGUUCAGAGUAUGGUUUGCCUUUGAGGCCGAGAGAGUGUGAUGUGCCCAGGGUCACCCAGUGGCUUUCCAUGGCCAAGUGGGGAUUUGAGCCCUGGUCCCCAGAGACCUUGUCCAGCACUCAAGCCACUAUACCAUGCUAUUUAUUUGACUGUCUGCUGUUAGGCGCACUCUCUCAGUUUCAGAGGAUGACAAGGGCAAACCCACCUCUGAACAAAUCUCUGCUUUUAGGGCCUUAGGGUCACCAAAGCAAAGACCCUAAAACCAAAGGCGUAAGUUGGAAACGACUCGAAGGCACAGACAGCAGGAAAGGGAUGUUGAGCCUUUUCCCAGUCCUCCUGCAAGGCCAACUGGUUUGCAAGGCAGGAUAAACUGGUGGGACUGCAACUCCCAGCAGUCCCGAUCCAGCAAAGUCAGUGGUGAGGAACGUUGGGAGUUGCAACCCAACAACAUCUGGAGGUGUGUGCGUGUGUGUUGUAUGCCAGCAAUGAGGAAUGCUGGGAGUUGCAAUAUUAACAUCGAGGGAGGUGUGUGUGAUGUGUGCAUUCAAUAGCAAUAUAGCAAGUACAUUUAUUUAGCAAUAGAGCAAGUGUAUUCAAUUAAUUUCUGAAUUAAGGUAAAUUGAGAUUUGCACAGAGGAGGUUUGCCCUUGCCUUCAUCUGAGGCUGAGAGAGUGUGACUUUUGGGCAAGUCACACUCUCAGCCUCAGAGAGGAAGCCAAUGGCAAAACCCUCUCUGAAGAAACAUGCCGAGAAAACCCCAGCAUAGGAUAGAGUUGCCUUAAAUCAGAAAUGGUUUGAAUGCACACAACAACAACAACAACAACACACUUCCAACCUAAUUUGGGGGAAAUUGGAGGGGAGAGUGGGCGUGGCCUCUGGAAGGGGCGGUGCUUGGGUGUAGCCCCGCCCUCAAAGGGGAGGGGCAAUUACAUUUUAAACAGGCCUUGCCAGGUGUGCCCACGAGGAGAAGAUUCUGCACAUCUUUGGAGUUAGCCAGGUUUUGGGGGAGCUGCUUUUCGGUGGGUGAGAAAAGAUGGUUUUAUUAACGUAUUCUAUAUGGGAAAGGCCUGGACUAAGGGAUGGAGGAGGAAAAGGAGGUUUCUUCCUUAUACAUCACCCCAGAAUCUUGAUUUUGGCGUGACUCCAGAAGCUGAGCAGGGCUGGAAAAGAGGGUUUUGAGGUGGAGGAAGGUAGGCAUCGCCCCUCCAGGUAAAAAUUCUGCUCCUGAAGGUCUAUUUGAUCCUUUGCUGGAGCUGAUAAUCCAGAUAAUGAGGUUUCUUUGUGGAUCGCAACCGUUCCUGCGCAGUCUCUUUGCGGGUCUGGCUCUUGCGUCUUUGUGUGACACCAAGGUUUUCCUCCAUAGAAAAGGGUGCAGCGUACCUGAGACGCCUCUUCACGGUCUCUCCCAAUGCCAGCCUCCAUUGUGCGAGGAGCCCCUGGACACCGGCGUGUUUAAACCGGGCACUUUGAUGGAGUUUUAUUGCCAGCCUGGCUACGCUCUGGUUGGCUUGCCUUCCCUCACCAUUUGCCAAGGAGGGGAAUGGCACACGGUGAGAGAGCUGGUGUGCAAAGCUCAUGGAACUCCACAUCCUACCAGCCUCAUCGUGGCUACCUCCGUCCCUUUCGUUGUUGCAGUUGUGUUGACCUUUGCCGCCUUGACAGUGGUGGCUACAGCUUGUGUGAUGUUGAUGACACCAACAUGUUCCAGCUGUCGUUGCACCGAGCCUGCCAAUGGGGCAUAUGAAGCCAUGGAGGACCCAGAGGACAUGGAGCACAUAGAUGGUGAGGAACCAGACAAUGGCGAGGGGCCCCUUCCCUCAUAUGAAGAAGCAGUUGGUGCUCAUCUGGAGACCUCCUUGCUACUUGCAGGUCAUCAUUCAGUCCCCCUGGACAUUGCGUCUUGCCAUGAACCCUAUGGCCCCAGCCUUGGAGGGCUCCCAUGUUUGAGAGCACCCCCUUCUUACCAAGAAGCCUUGGAGGAGACAACCCUUACGGAAGGCAGAGCCGUCCCAGAAGGCGAACCACCUGCAAGGCUUGGGACACAGCAUUCAUGCUCAGAUCUAGGGAUAGAGAACAUCUGCUAAGCAUCUCUGGUGGGACUCAAGAUGUUGCUUUCUGGUCUUCCACUUGUUCCCUGGACUAUGUGCAACAGAGAUGGGGAAAGGGACCACCUUUGGACUGCAGCCCCCAGAAUCCCCUGAAAUAAGGGUGCGUUUCUGGGAGUUGUAGUCCAAGGGAUGUUUUUCCAAUUCUGAUGCAGCAGCUGGAACUGCUGCAAGGAAGCAUCCAAGGCUCCUUAAUCGGACAUCCAUCAUCAUGUCCAGCUAGAAGCUUCUCUCCUUCUUCAGACCGAACGCUGCUAUUGGAGGGCAGGAGGGCAGGGUGGUUCGUCCACCAAUGAGGAGUGAGAACCCCCUAUUUAAAUAAAUGUCCCCCAAGGGCUUGAGCCAUUUUGUGGGAUUUCUUUUUAGUCCUUUUUUUCCCUUUAAAAAGCAUGUUUUUAUUCUAUUUUUUAAAAGAAUGUCAUUUGCUUGUCUUAUUAUCAGCUUCCUUGUGUAAUUGCUGUUGAAUGGAUUCCCUUUGCUUUUGCUGGGUUGGGAACAUGUCAGCGCAGGAAAGCAUUUAGAUUUACCUUUCCCAGGAUCCUUGCAACCAUGUGACACAAGGUGCGUCUCCACUGCAGAAAUAAUGCAGCUUGACAGCACUUUUAAGUGCUGUAGCUCCAUCCUUAGGAAUGCUGGGACUUGUAGUUUUGCAAACCCUUUAUAGCCUUCUUUGCCAAAGACUGACAUUGCCUCGCCAAACUACAAAUCCUAGGUUUCUGUAGGAUGGAGCCAGGGCAGUUAAAGUGGUGUCAAACUGCAUUAUUUCUGCAAUGUAGAUGCACCCAGACUCCAUUUAUUUGUUCCUUAGAUUCUUCUUUAAGAGCUCAACCCCAAAAUCCUGUUGUCAUAAUGAAUAUAAUAAAAAGGAUUGUUUUUAU